AUGUUUAACAGUAGUGACGAAACCAGUGCAGUGUUUUUUCAGAGUGGUGAUAAUGUCAACUUUGUCGAGGUGGAUCCUAGACGCGAAGAAAUUGAAACGCAGCUCGCAAUCCCAUCGAACUCACUGGGUUCCGACGGCAUUUUGGAAUUGGACGAAACAAACCCCGAGCUGCUCAGCAAACAGUUCUUAAUAAAAGGAAGACAACUGCUGAAACUUUUCCGUUUUUGUCCAUCUUGUGGUACUAGAAUAUCGGACACGGUACGGUGCUUAAGUCUGACGGCUAACGGGAAAACCCCUAUUGUGCACUACAUCUGCACAGCAUGCUAUCCGUUCGAGAAACGCUUCGAAGGACAGGAAAAGGUAGACUCAAGUGCAAGCGAAACGCAGACUGCCCAGGUUGCAGUAGCAGAGGAUACCCAACAUUUGAUCUCACAACAAGUUUCUGGAGAUGUAGUCGAACAAGAUGUCAAAUGUGCUCCUCCAGUCGUUGCUUUGAAGCAGCCUAGGCCUGAAGAAUUGAGUAGUAUCCCUCCAAGUAAA